UCCAUGUACUUCCGUUUGUGACACAGGGAUCGGAGUUAUUACGGCUGAUUGUCAGCUUUUUUUAUUUUUCCAUUUGAACAUUUCUCGUUAUAUAAUUUAAAGGUUAUUUGCCGACUGAAGUUCGGGUUUCAAUUGGUUGCUGCAAUUACAGCCAAAGCCUUGCUUCCCAAGUGUCGUUGAUUAUGGUGUAGACGGAGCUCUUUCUCUGAGACAGCAGGUGCAGCAAUCCUGGGCCGGGAGUUGUUUCCUAACAAGGACAAAGUGAUUUGAUGGGUUAAAAGAAAAGUUCACCGUGGCCUACUCUAUGAACGAGAGAGAGAGCGAGGAAGCCAUGCUGACGUUAGCCAGUAAGCUGAAGAGGGAUGAGGGAGUGAAGACAGGCAGGUCGACCGGGGGCCCCUCCGACUCCUCUCACAGAGUCUCCAUCAGGGACCGGCUGCUCAUCAAAGAAGUUGCAGAACUUGAAGCCAACCUUCCUAGUACAUGUAAAGCCAGCUUCCCCGAUGAGAACAAGCUACACCACUUUAGGCUGGCUGUCUCUCCAGAUGAAGGCUACUACCAGAGUGGAAAAUUCCAGUUUGAAAUAGAUGUCCCUGAAGCCUACAACAUGGUGCCUCCCAAAGUGAAAUGCCUGACCAGAAUAUGGCACCCUAACAUUGCUGAGACAGGAGAGAUCUGUUUGAGUUUGUUGCGGGAGCACUCUAUUGACGGCACUGGAUGGGCCCCUACCAGGACACUAAAGGAGGAUUUCCGGAAUAAGGUUCAAGAUUACAUCAAGCAUUACGCCAGAUGAUGACUGCGUCAGCUGCGCCCGCUGCCCUCUACCCAACACAUCGCCAGCCCCACCCCCGGCCUGCGACUGCGCAGCUGAACCCCGCCCCCCUAACAUCUGGUCAACCAAAUCACGCAGCGCACCGCUUACACGGCUCGACUGCAGUACGGAGUCGCUGGAAGAAAAAAAUAUUAAAAAGCAACAAGGUUUUAAAAUGUUUAAAGAGGGACUUGAAAGGAAAACAUGCUCACAGUUUAAUUGUCCUAUGUCGACCAGAGAAAUCAUGCUGUGCCACGGCCGGGAUUGUCCAAUGACCUCUCAUGUGUCUGAGCCAAUCAGUGAGCGCAGGUGGCGGUGAAGACCCUGGAUCUUACCAAUCCAGUUAGCUGUUUGUUAAGAAUUAACCAAUCAAAGAGAAAUGCUAUCUGUUACAGUGUUUAUCAGUUCUAGUGCCUGCCAUAGUGUUUGGGUUGCAAAGAAAAAUGCACAAACACACACACACACACACACACCCUCAUGGAAUCCUGUCAUGCACAUUGGAAGGAAACGCACUCACCUAGCUAAGGUACAACAAACAGCACCUGGUUGGCUUUUCAAACCCAACCACUCACAAAGAAACAUCCAGAGGUAGGAAAACAAAAUCCAUGUUUCACUGGUUAAAGGCUGGCCCCCCCAUCACCAGACAGCAUGUGAAUGACUACUGAUCCAGUCCCCUAUUCUGAUGUCCACUUCAUCCUGGAUUCAUCUUUAAUGGCACCAGUCCCUGUUUAUUGCACUACAUUUGACAAGCGCCUGAUGGGCCCCAGUCGGAAGCCCCCCUGGGGGGCCCCAGACGGAAGAACCCUGUGGGGGCCCCAGUCAAAGGUAGUCCAAUACAUAGGAAAUAGCGGUCCGUUUUAGACACACCCACUUCCUGUCCAUUCACUCAUCCACAAUGAUACCACCCACAAUACACCGGUGCCCCAGAUGCUCUGUAACACUGUCCACUGCCUUUAGAUCCAAAGCCUCAAGCUGUACCACAUUAUGUGUGCAACCACACCUGACCCUUGACCUUAUUUCAGCACCCCCGGAGAAGCUGAUCAUAGAGGACAUUGUGCCUCAGAAAGUCUGUCUUUACCUCACUCCCUCGCUCCAUCCCUCCCUCCUGCUAGUCUCUCCCUUCCCCCCCUUUUUUCUUUGUCCCCAUGCUUUCUUCUCUGCCCCCAUGGAGGUAGGGGCAAUAUGAGGGCUGUCUCCUUGCUAGCUUGUCUAUGAUUUUUGUUUCCAUGCAAAUCAUAUGUUGAAGUUGUCCUCCCGUGUCUGCCUGUCCCGCUCGCUCUCUCUCACUCUGUGUGUGUGUGCGCGCAUGUCCGUGUAUCUUUGAGUGUAUGGGUUUGUUGCUUGGCUUUCCCUGGUUGGCUUUGUGCCUGUAUGUGUGCACAUUGGAACAUACGAUUCAGUGUCAUCACUGUAUUAAAAAUGUUAUACAGAUGUUUGCAUGUGACAAAGUGUGUGUGAUCAGGCGGUGGCGUAUUUAACAGUAGGUAUGUUAGAAGUGUGUGUGUGUGUGUGUGUGUGUGUGUGUGUGUGUGUGUGUGUGUGUGUGUGUGUGUGUGCGUGCGUGCAUAUGUUUGUAAGUUUGUGCAUUCAAACGGACAGGUGUUCAGAUGUGUCUUGUUGUUAGCAUGCUCUGGUUUCUAGCCCCACACUCCUCGUUUUACUGGCUCAGCUAGCCUAGUUCUUUGUGGGGCUCGGGAAGGUCUGUCUGUCCUUCAGUUCAGAUCCUCCUUUUUUUCUCAGAUUGUAUAUCCAUUUUUUAAGAUAUAUUAAAGAGCAUAUAAUAACAAAUAA